UGAUAUCAGUUCACGAUUUCUUUCCAGUUCAGUUACAAUAUACAUCAUGACAAGUGACGCUCUCCUUUUGUCAAUUUUCCUGUUGGUUCAUGAAGUUUCAGUCUUAGCACAAAGGAGGACCUUCACUUGUACCAUUCCAUCUCUAUGCAGUGAUGUUGCCAUCGAUCCAAGAAUUCAAACUCCCACACAGUCGCCAUCGACAUCAGCUCCUCCAACUUGCCCAACAGGGUACGUUCCUUGUAACAACGUGAAAUGUGGAAUAUCUGCAGUCGGCAUUUCUCCAGGAACACAAAAUGGAGAAGCAACUAGAGGCGCUUUUCCAUGGCACACUUUCAUUCAAAAUAAGAACGCUUUGGGAGUUAAUAACGGAUAUGCUGGAGGUGGAGUAUUGAUCGAUCAAAAUUUCGUAUUAACUGCUGCUCAUAAAAUCAGAAAUUUAACUGCGGUAAAUGUUAUUCUGGGGCUCCACAAUCUCAACGAAAUCCAAGCUGCCCAAACUAUAGGUGUGUCCUCUAUCUAUUAUCAUUCUAGUUACAACAGCGCUACAUUGAAGGAAGACAUUGCGCUCUUGCUUCUCAGUACUCCUGUCAACUUAGGAAAUACUAUCAGUAUUGCGUGUUUACCAGCUGCUGGACGUGAUUAUCAGGGUUCAAGUGCCGACAAUUGUCUUGUCACAGGCUUUGGACAAAUUUCGUUCACCUCUGGAGCUGCACCAACUCCUUAUCUAAAACAGGUCCACGUGCCUGUUAUCAGUACAGAAACGUGCAGAACUAUUAUGAAUACACUUGUUACACCUGAUACAUAUCUAGACGCCAAUAAAGAGAUUUGCGCUGGUGGGCAGACAAAUUUAGACUCUUGUACGCAAGAUGGAGGUUCGGGCCUGGUUUGCAGAGAUUCGGCCACCACACCAUUUAGCCUUGUUGGACUUGUGAAUUGGGGAAAGGGAUGUGGAAUUACUGGUGUUCCAGGAGUGUACGUUAGAGUGUCGUCGUACAUAGAUUGGAUAACACGUACACGAAAUUGUAUGUUGACAUCGAAUUUUGUGAAUUGUCCAGAUGCCAGUCAACAUACAUUAUUGUAGUCGAAACGAUCGACUAUUGUAGUUGACUAAAAUUUACAUGAAGGAAAAACUCAUCAUUUUCCUUUCAUCAAUUGAAAAUUGCAUUAUUGUAUUAAUGUAUACAUCCAAUCGUAUGUUUUCGUAUUCUAUUCUACUUUUGACGUUGGUUAAAAAUCUAUACAAAUAUGUUUCAAUCAAUCUAUCAAAUUUGGAAUUGAUAAACUGAUGUACUUUAUAAGUUUAAUUAAAAUGUUAGUUUCUCAA